CUCUCCGCCCCUUCUCGGGCGGCCGGCGUCGCGCGCCCUCCCCCCUGCCCCCCUCCUGGCUGUCUGAUUCAUUAGUUACGCGCAUUCUGGGUCGUGGCACUCUGGCCCUGGCCCCGCUCGAUCGUUUGUUGAGACUCGGCCUCGCGCGGAUCGGGCCGUCCGAUCGUCCGUCCCGGUGGUUGCCUUCGUGUGCCGCGCCAGCUGCGGGCCUCAGUGAGUUCGUUGCAUGCCCCGCCCGGCGGCGUGGACUUCGUUUUUGUCUGUGGUCGGUCCCGGCGUUGACUUGGCAUCCGGGCCGUGGUGUUUUCUAUUAAUUUUGUGACAUUGCCUUCGAACCGAUGAU